GAUCUUCAACCAGAUAAAUGCUAUACUUUUCUUUGCUCAUCUUUCUUUUUCUGCAUGUUCUUGUUUAUAUACAUGUACGCGACUGAUAGUAUACAAAAAUCACCAGUUGAUCUUGUCUUUUAUGGUGUACCAAUGCUGAUUUGUGGUCGUGCCUGGUUUUGGAGUUGUGAUUGUUGAAGAGUAGGUAAUUCCACAUAGGAAAAUUGACAAAAUUCCCACAGUUGAGAAUAUCAUCCACAUCAUAUUAGUACUAACCUGUUGGUCUGUCCCUCUAAAAUCUUGAUAGUAAUACUAUGCUAGGCGACUUUGAAAUUUUUAUGUGACUAGUGGUCUUUUGAUAAAUUUUCCUGCAUCUCCUCCUUAAUUUCCUAGGUUCUGGAAUAGCAUCUGAUUUUCGACCAGUCUAAAGAACACGUUUUUGUCUAUUUUAUUUCAUAUUUCUAUACAAGAUUAAAAUUGUCCGGAAAAUAUACAAGGAUUAAAUAGAGAUUGUGUGCUUCAUGAAAUUCCUAGGUCUUUUCUACAAUCUAUGUUGAGAAUCGUGACCUCAUUCCCUCUUGAUAGAGACAAUGAGAUCAUUCUCUAAAACCGUCGACAAAAACUUGCUUACGGUUCGAGGAUCAGUAGAUAAUCAACAGGUUUAGGGAUGUAUAAGAUCGGAUAGAGAUCAGAGAGUCCUUACUAGACCGGCUUAAUCCGGUUAUUUCAAGUCUGAUAUGUAAUCUAUCCCCCCCUCAACUAAAAGGACAGUCAAUCAUGAACACAUAUAUUGACCUUGAAGUGGAAGCCUCAUCGGCAAAUGACUCUGAUGUUAGCAGCCAAAUUGCUUCUAACACCUCCAACGACAGCGUGGCUAACUCUUUCCAUUUUUCAAAUCCCAUUGCAGCUCAGCAAGUACUGGAGCCUGCAGUUUCCCUUGACUUAACUCUUCGCUUCAACAAUGAGGACUUGGGAGGAAGUGAUUCGAUAGGACAGUCAUUGUUGAGCACAAGUGGGAGCAGCAAUGAGCCUGCGUCUCAGAACACGAAUUCAGCGACUCCAAGACUUUUUUCUUGUAAUUACUGUCGAAGCAAAUUCUUGAGCUCACAGGCACUUGGUGGACACCAAAAUGCACACAAGAAAGAGAGGACACUAGCAAAGUGCGCAUUGCGAAUGAGUAUUUUCUCUGAGAGGCACGCAAGCCUGGCGUCUUUGCCUCUGCAAGGACCUUCAUUUAGAUCACUAGGUAUCAGAGCACACUCAUCAGUGCAUCAAGGAUUUGCACCACCAAUGAGGCCUCCUGAGACCAGAAGCGGCGCAGGAUUUGAACACGGGUAUAUGGGAGUGCCAAUUUUCUUGGUGAAUGAUGGGGCGCAGCUGUUGUGGCCUGGUAGUUUCCGCCAGGCUAGCGCUGCCGACACAAGUAACACUACUCACCCAAGUUUUGUACUGACUCAUGAAAGUUCAAAUUUGAAUUUUGUAGACGUUACACCGCCAUUAGACGCCAUAGACCACUCUGCACCAGAUCUCACACUGAAACUUUGAAAGGUUUAUGUUUGUUGCUCUUAGUUUGUACAUUGAGAAACACAUGAGCCAUAUGACUGCAAGUCUUCUUUUCUUCUUAUUGUUGCCUUUUACCUUUUCAAAUUGUAUAAGAGCUGUAUGAGUAUGAGGAUUAUUUCAGCGCUCCUUAACUUGGAUUUUAUAUAAAUUGUUUUAGUUUGCUGUGGUACU